GUUGCAUCGCCAAAGACCGGCUGGCGGCCAAAGACCGGCUGGCCGACCAACCGGCCCGCCUCGCAAACACCUCGCCUUUCUGACUUAUAACCACAACCAACACAAUCUGCAUAAUAUCACAUUUUCUGCCAGUUGAUUCUAGGAUGAAAGCCUAGGGGGCGAAUUGGCGCAAAGCCCUAAUUCAACGUUUUGCCACGGUUCGCGACAAGAUAACUUGGGAAGAAUAUAUCAGGCGCCGUCGAUGUGGAAUCGUGUGCUGGCCGCCCGACCUUGCCCAGGCACACCGCGCGGGCGAAUGUUGGAGGCGGCCAUGGUGUCGUGCCCUCGCACACUUCACCGGUUAGGACUUGGGCUACCGGCUCUGCGCAGGCCUGUCCAUGCGCUAGGACUGACACCUGCUUGCGCUGACUGGCUAGCUCAUCAUACAUCUCCAACCCGCCCAGGCGAAGGUCGAGUCGCUUCGGGAUUGCAACCCGAUGCAGGUUCCACCCAGGCAAGAAUAAAUCACCAAGACAACUUCCAUUUGGUACUGCACUCCGUAUACAAGAACCCGCCCGAUGCCACACUGGAGCAGCUGCGUCACCUGGAGGAGUUGACGUUGCGGCGCCUGGACGAACUGAACUGCGAUGCUCUCAUCACCGUGAUGUACGCCUUCGCGCGCACCUCCUUCCACCCAAGCCCCGUCCUCACUUCCCGCAUGGCAGCGGCCACGGAGGCGGACAUGGCCUCCUUCACACCGCGGCAGCUGGAGCACGCCGCCUGGGUGCUGGCGCGCGUGCGCCACCGGCCCUCACCCACCUGGCUGGACAACUUCGCGAGCGCCCUGGAGGUGAACUGGGACUAUUUCAGGCCGGCUCAGCUGGCUUCCACGCUGGCGGACGCCGCGGCAUGCGGGCUGGCCGCACUGCCCGCCGCCACGUUGACCGACCAGCUGCCUGCCAGCCUGCGCAAGGCCGCCGCGCCGGACGCCGCCACAGCGCCAUCCACAAUGGCCCGGCUGGUGUGGAGCGCCGGGCAUUUCGGCAGCCUACCUUCAACAGCACCCGCAGAUGCACUGCAGCGGCCCGGCCCUCAAACUGCGCCCAGCUCAUCUGCCUACGGCGUAGACACGCAUUCCGUCUCUGCGCUGGGCGGAGCCGGUGGAGCCACGGUGCGGAUGCGGGCGCAGGUGCGGGAGGAGGAGCUGUUGUCCUGGUGGGAAGGCGAGGAGGUGCUGGAGGCGGCGGCGCCGGAGGACGUGGUGCUGGUCCUGCACGGCCUGGCGGCGCUGGGUGUGCGGCCGGCGCCGGCCUGGACGUCCCAGCUGCUGGGGCGGCUGCUGGGGCGGGUUGAGGCGGUGCGUGCGCUGGACGCCCGGCACCUGGGGCUCUUGGGCUGGGCCGCGCUCAAGCUGGCGGAGGGGCCGCUGCCGUGGGGCUGGCUCCAGAGCUACAUGGAGGCACUGCAGGCGCGGCUGCGGAGUGCGGCUACGGGGCCAGCAGCACGCCAAGCGGAAGCAGGAGCGGCAGGGGCGGAAGGGGCGCUUGGUGGGCAAGGCGCGGAAGGUGGACGGGAGUCCAUAGCAGCGGCGGCGGCUGAGGCGGGGCCCGGAUCCGGCCUGGCGGAGGUGGAGCAGGGCGGCGCGGAGCCUGCGGAUGUGGCGCUGGCCCUGAGCAGCCUGGCCGGGCUUGGGGCGCACAUGGCGGGCAGCGGGGAGGGCGCGAUGGAUGUGGCGGAGUACUGGCGCGGUGAUGGGCGCUGGGAAGCGUUAUCGAUUGAGGAGCGUACUCUCCUUCAGAUCCUCGGUUACGGGCCCACUUGAGGCAUGGCAGGACAUGAGACAACCAGCGCAGCUGCAGAUUGCGGACUUUGCUCCUGCGGGUUGUUAACCGUAUGUGCAUGUUGCUUGUAGAAAUGGGAGUGCCUACGGGCGGCUGCCCUACUAGCCACGUUUUGCCCGAGGCCCGAGAGGCCGAAAACCCACUGUCCUUGGUGCGCGCCCGAGGUGGGUGAAUGGCUGUUACCGGUCGCUGUUGUGUCAAGGGCUUGCUUCCUUUCCAAACGGCAGUAAGUUGAGCUGAAUGUAGCCAACCCUGAAACCUGGUCAGGGACUGGAGCGCC